AUGGCGAGCGCAAGCACGAGCUUGACAACCUUAUCUUUGACCCCCGAUCCCAGCUUCAACUGGUUCUUUCUCCUCGAACUGAUCGUGUCCUGUAUUCUCGUACUGUUCUUCCUGCUCUACUUCAACCGUCUUUUCGCAACCCUCCUGUCAUACGGAAUCCGCGCGUAUACCUGGCACUACUAUCGCGCAUAUGUCGACAUCCAUGCGCUCCAAAUAUCGCUAAUAGGGGGAAGGAUAUUCUUCAAGGGCAUCCGAUACCACGGAGUGAACGAAACGAUCUUCGUACAUGGAGGGUUUAUAACAUGGCAUUAUUGGAAGCGCACCGUCAGGCAGACCGAUAUAUCGGCGCUCAACUCAAGUAAUGGAGCUACGCGGACUGGCGAUCAAGCCGACGGGGCAGACCGAAGCAGCAAGAACAGCGACUCGGGAGGGGAAAAUGGAGGACUGAAGCGGACGGAUGACCUUCCAUGUCGCAUUGCGAUUCAGUUAUACGGUCUCGAAUGGUUCAUAUACAAUCGAACCCCAGCGUACGACAGUAUUCUUGCUGGUUUCGGACACGCAGCAGAGGGGGGUGACUCGUUUGACCAAUCUGUUCCUGGCAGAUCCGAAGGUCAAGAAAAAGACUCAUUGCAUCAUGGUCCAAAGGAAACCGGUCAGGCAAGUCACAAGCCUGACGUUACGACGGGCCCAGGCCGGAUUCCUGACCGAAAUGAGACAGAAGGGGAUUGCGCGAUGUCCGAAAAUGCGGCAGACCGCGCGCAAGAAAUCGGAGAGAGCCUAUCGAGACUGCUUCGACUCCUGCCACUGAGAGUUUCAUGCGACAAGGGUGCCAUUGUUGUUGGAAAUGAGAAUACAAGGUCUGUUUUGACGACCACAUUUGAUAGUGGAACUGGCCUUAUAGAAGCGUGCAACGCUGGCCCUUUCGACCUCUACAGGCAAAUAUUUUCCUUUCAAAUCCAACAUCCUGUUAUACAGAUGCGGCCGAACCCCGACUACAAACAAAAUCAGCUUGGCGCCGCCAACGGAUUGAGCUCAAAACGGGAGGAUCAGUCCGAGCCGAAGCGCAGGAGGGACACGAUAUUCAGUUAUCAGUUUCAGAAACGAAGAGUCUGGCACACUAUCCGGGAUCUAAUUCCUUAUUUUCAAACCUCAGUGGAGUCUUUCCAUAUCCACGACAAGCAUACAGACACAGCAAGGAACCCGGCAGAUGGUCGAAACGAUAUUCGCUGGGCCGGUUUGUCUCGGUACCUGGAUGAAAGUAGCCAGGAUGACCACGAAGAGUGGCAUUCUGUCGAGUAUGCAAGGUUCUCCACAAUUCUUGACAGUCCCAGCAUGGAUAUCACCUAUUACUGGGAUAUUCCUGGCUGUGUCGUUUCUCAGCAGCUUCCCCGGGAAGAAUCUACUUCUACAGCUUCCACUGCCAUCAAUGGAGCUCCACCCCCAGAAUGGGGAAUUGACAUCAAGCUUGAGGGGGGGUCCAUAAACUAUGGGCCCUGGGCUGACAGGGAGCGUGUUGGCUUGCAGAAUGUGUUUUUCCCAAACGCAUAUAGGAGCUCUCAAUAUUCCAAACCACUAGCACCUGGUGAUCUGAGAAUAAACACACUAUUCAAGAUACGCGUUGAAAUUAGCGAGGAGACAACCUUGCGUAUUCCAACCAAAGAACCGUCGAAAGACUGGCAAUGGAAAGGCCGAGCUGAUGCAAUCAGGGGUGCAUCUAAGCUGAAGAAGCAGCAGAAGAGGGGACAAUCGCGUGCUGCCGAAGGUGACAAAAGUAACCUGGGCCCUGACAUUCGCCCGUUUGGUUGGCUAUCGCUUCGUGUAGCGGCCGAUUCUACUGUUAGCUAUACCAUGGACAUGGUAGCCUCGAGUCCUAGUGGAUUCAGCAAUUCACUUGAUCUCGACCUUCGGGAAUCGAAGUUGUCAUCGAGUGUCAACCAUGCAUUACUGUGGGAAUGCUCCAGGCAGUUCCUCACCUGCGAUCUUUCGAAUCCUCUUUGCUGGAACAGUCUUCGGGCCUGGAAGUUCGAUGUCAAGAGUCACGAUAUGAAGUUAUUUCUUUUACGUGAUCACAUAUUUCUCCUGACUGACCUCGUGAGUGACUGGGCCUCUGGCCCUCCUCAGGACUACUUUACAUUCGUUCCUUUCACCUAUACCCUCAGCCUGUCCUUUGACAAUAUCAAGCUUUACAUAAACGUCAAUGAUCUUAACAUUAUAAGCAAUCCGUCUGACCUUGAUGACAAUCGAAUGUUGGUGAUCAACGGUAAAACCCUGACUUCUGACGUCUUGAUCCCUUUGACCACCUAUAAACCUGAGCAGAAUGCCGUGAAGUUCAAUAUUAUUCUCAACGAUGGUGGUAUUGACUUCCUAUCGCCACUGUGGGAUACCUUACACACAUUUCUAAAGAGCCGAUCCACUGCUACCCUUGAGAAUCUGUCUAUUGAAGGGACAUAUGAUUAUUAUCUCUCAACUUCAUCGGAUCUCACAGACACAUUGUUGCUUGACAUUGGCGGAUCAUCACCAAGACUCUAUCUUUUUGGCUUUCUUAUCAGGAGUUUCAUGACGAUCAAGGACAAUUAUUUCGGAGAAGAGAUGCAUUUCAGAACGCUUGAAGAGUUCCAGGAAUUAGCACAUUCCGAGGAACGAGUGGAUUCCCACGCAGAGAUCAAUCCGAAUCGGAAGUCGAACGACCUCGAUGUGGUAGUCCACGUUGCUGUUGAUAAUCCUUGCGCCCUACUUCCAGAGAAUCUAUACGAUCAGCUGAAGUGUCUCAGGCUCACGGCACCUUCCUUGGAGGUUGAUCUACGCUUUACUAACUACUACAUGGAUAUGCAAUUCUCACUCUCACCUCUGAAGGUAGCCCUAGAAUGGAAUCAAAACCAUGGGCCACCAGUCAUAUCUGACACCCAGUUGUUCAUUGAUGGGGCCACUGUUCAUGGUCACAGGUUGUUUGGCUUGCCUCCAGCGGAGCCAACCUAUGUCUGCAAUUGGGAUUUCGAAGUAGGACGCAUCCUCGGCGAAUGCCACCCGGAGUUUCUGGGCUGUUUAACUGCAGCUCUCCAAAGUUUUGAUAUGUCCUUUGACAAUGAAGAGAAUGCACUUCAACCAUUAGUACCCAUCGCUCUUCACGAUGUCACCUUUCUCCGCGCCAAGAUACACUUGAUUCAUAUAUCAGUGCUUUUGGACCAGGGUGCGAUAAUGUUCAGUUCAGGCCCCAUUACUACAAAAUUCAAUGACUGGGCCAAUGCUUCGUUCUCGAAACGGAUGAGUCUUCUCAUACCAGAUCUUUCUAUCGCCGCCAUUGACAACGGUGCUGCCGAACCGAAAGGCAGAGAGCCCCCACUAGAUGUGCCUCCUCUCGCGUUGUUUCAGACCACAGUGAACUUGCGAAUGGCACAGCGGAGAUGUGAUAUCAUUGAAGGCAGAAAAUUGCAGCAAGAACACAUCAGGGUGCACGAUCAGAGGACGCAGAGAACACCAUGGCUUAUCUUUGAUUGGGAGGACGUUGACCCCGAGUCUUCCCACGUAUUCAGUGAUCAUCUUGCUCCACCAACAAUCCCAAUGCCGCUGAUGCCGGACCCUCUAAUGAGGCGCUUUAAUUCUUUCUCUCUAUCUGCGAGAAGUCUUUUGGAUAACACGAGCCAACGAAGCUCAAGAAGCUUCAUCCUUUCUUCGAAUGUUUCGAGCAUCAUGGCUCACCGGCAUAGGACAAACGACAAUCUUAAUCCUGCACCAAAUUCUGAGUUAGGGGCUGAGGAUGACCAAGAAUAUAGUCAGGCAAAUUGGAAAAGUGGUGGUCAGACUUUCAUCUCCAAGAAGCACAGACAAUACCGGAAAGAAUUACGCUCAACAACUGGACCGGCAAUUCCCAAUGCUUGGAUGAUGCCCAAUUUUUCUCUUUGCAAGAUCUUAUUGGAUACCUCUCAGCUCCCUUUGCCCCAAAUCUUUAAUGAAUAUGCUACCCGAGAAAGUAUGCCGGUAACGAGGUUUGAUCCGCUCGUUUCGCCUUUCGAGGAAGAUGGGGAGACAUACACAAACUUCUUCUGCGAGCUACCUUCGGGAGUAAGAGGUCUCUGCUCUCCUGAAUUUCUGUUCAUGCUAUCUACAUUGAUAGAGCAACUGCAGCCGAGUCAUCCAAUCGAAAUAAUCGAUUCUCUGCAGAAGGACGUUGCUUCCGACAUUAUUGGGUAUGAAAAGUCAAUGAAGCACCCAAAGAAGUCGACGAGCUUCGCAAUCCGGACCCCUUCCAUUGUCGUGAAGAUGACCAAUUCGUCCGCAUCUUCCGCGACAUACGAGGUUGGGUAUCGAGACGAGUAUCGCAUCGAAGUUUCUGACUUGAAAACCGAGUUGCGAACAAGGGUUGCACGACAGAAGGGCGAUCUACUGACUGGAGUCAGCAAGAACUCUACCAUUCAUGCAGCAGCUCAGAAUCUUGCAGUUCUCGUCACUGGUGGUCGAGCAGAUGUAUUCCAAGAAAAAGCUGAAUUCAGAUGUCUGCUUGGAGACUCAAACUUCUGGCUGGUGACAGCACCUACCAUUCGGUCGAGCCUUCAGAUCCGAGCCUUCGACACCGUCACCUCCACGAAGUCAGUGGAGCACCUUGCUUUCCUCGUCCGUCGAGCAACGACCAUAUUUGACUCUGUUGCCUCAUCGUUCCAAAAUAGCUCUUCAAUAAGCAGCAGAAGACUCCAAUUCAUUAUACAUUCCCUUGCACAGCGUGCAGGAAAGGUUCCUGACCCUGCUUUUCUUACGCGCAUUUCUCCUGUCCUCAGAGUCGCUCCUACUCAUCUACGGCAGCAUGAUUCAUGGAAGAUCAUCUCUCGUGUCCGGAAUGUCUACAAUCACCUGAAACCUGAGCAACAGCUCGACUUGGCCUAUGAUUGUCUAGACACCCGUCUCUCAGUGCCGGAGAAUGCAAAAGAUACUGUGCUGUCAGCUUUCGAUCAGUGGCGCGCUUGGGAUCUGGCGCAUGUCCAGAAGAGUUAUGUGAUGCGGAGGAUCUGGAACGAUUUCGAGCAAAAACGUUCAGACGAUAUUACAGCGAUAGCGUUGUCGCUCACAGUUAAAGGGUUUCGCUUCUCCAUCGAUCCGGGACCAAAGGAGAGUGAUUUCGUCGUUGAGAACCUGUCAUCUAGAUUGACAGUCAGCACACGAAAGGGCACUCAGCCGGAGGUCGGUGAAAGCGAGAAGAACGUGACUAUUUCGCAGUCUUAUUGUUCAUCUGCCGGGCUCCGUCUGAGAUGGGAGAUUCUCGAUCUUGUUGAAGGUGUGUUGAAGGCAAUAUCUCCGAUCAAAUUGGAAUCUGCAGCUUCUACUCAAGUAACCAAAGACAAGAUUCUGGAAGACAAUGAGCUUCAAUUCAUUUUCGGAGUUGACACGGGUUUUAUCACAUUGGACGGCAUCAAUGUCAAAUUGGCUUUGGCCAGCAGGGGAUUCAGGAGCUCGCUGGUUCACCAAUCGAGCGAAACAGGGAAGACCAAGAAUCUCAGUGUGCUACUCAGUGCUCAGACCUGUUCCUCGGAACUCUCUAGCCUCUCUGAGCUUCUCAUGACCUGGAGAAUCAGUGACCCGUAUGCCUACUGCUCACGUGUCUCCGAGGAGCGACAGUCGACCUUGAUACAUGAAUGGAAAGUAGCUGGAUCAUGCAGGAAGCUUCGAUAUGACAUGGAAGAAGAUCCGGCCAGUCUGGCUCAUACAGCAGAUCGAGUGAUAGCAGAUGAGAUUCGCUACCUCCACCAGCUCAUCAAGAACAUCAAGCUACCGGAACCCCAGCCGCAAGAAACCCCGAUAGCGACGAAGCCAGCUCUCAACAAUUUCCACAUCGCGAUGUUCUUAGAUGAUUACCGGUUGAGUUUCUCCGUUCUACCGUCCCUCACAUAUGUCAUAUCUGGUGAGGUUGCCCGGAUGUCAGUCAUGCCACGGAUGGGAUCGAAGAUCGAGGUUGAUUUCGACCUCAAGAGCAACUCACAUACAUUUUUCUCCAUCGAAGGGGAUAGACGCCAUUAUUUGUCACAAUUAGAGAUACCGCCCAUCAAUGGGCGCGUUCUGGUUAGCAGGCCAUCCAGCGGUACACAGGUGGAGGUUGAUGCAACUAUUGAGCUCAUUCGGUUAGAGGCCAAUGCUGUAAGAAGUCUUCUGGGUGCCUUAACGAAGCCCGAGGUCUCUCAUUUAGUGUCAGACCUUAAACAGAACGGCAAAGUCUUGCAACUGCAUCUUGGUGAAACCCUCGCUCUCAACAAAAAUCCCCGGGAACAAGAAGCGACCCAAAGCGGUCAUGGCCUCCUCUACAAGGCUCGUCUUAACAUGGCAGGCACCAAAAUUCACGCAACUGCGCCGGCGCUCAACAGUAAAGGGUACUCUGCCGAUAUGGACUUUAACCUUGGAAUGAUGCGCAUACGACUUGACAAUGGAUUGGAUAACGGUCGACCGAUGGAAUUUCCAGAAAUCGAUUUCGAUGCCUCAAAUAUCAGCUUCGAUUUAAGAAAAAAUGACUCAUCUGGAACACACUCGUAUUGCAGCAUUGCCAUGGAGGCAAAUUUCCAGGGGUUGUCGGAGACCAGUGAAAAUGGAGAGUCAAGGCGAGCAUAUCAUCUCAGCAGCAAGAAGUUCGAGCUUGAGCUCUUUUCGGAAACGGCUGCCCUUGUUGUUGAUAUUGCCGCGCAUCUUCAGGACCGCAUCAAGACUCUUGAUCUGAGCCAGGAGGUCAAGCGUCUCAGGCGAUUGCGCCAUCGUGGGCACGCAGAUGCAACCGCUCAUGCUCCAGAGGUUCCAAAGAUUGAAGUGCCCGGCGAAUCAAGUCCCCAGGACUUCUUGAAAGACAGAUAUUCGUUGGAUCUACACAACAUACAGGUUGGCUGGAAUAUGUCCACAGCACCUGUACAUAGAUCGGGGCGGGAGCCGGAUGAUCUUGUGUUUUCCAUCAAACGCGUGGACCUGUCAAAUAGUAGAAGCACCGCUGCUAAAUUGCGAAUCGAAGACAUGCAGCUUCAAAUGGUCCCAUCUUCCGAGAAUCGGCGGAAGCGCUCCCUCAAUUCAGCCCUCAUGCCAGAGCUGGUCUUCAACGUGGCAUAUUCGUCGACAGGAAACGAUGUUCUACUUGCCUUCCAGGCAGCGGGAAAGUCGCUAGACAUACGAGCAACAUCCGAUUUCAUUCUCCCCGCCAGUAUGAUACGGGACUCUAUUGCUUCAGCUAGCCAAACCAUACGUGAAGCGGAUUCUGUGCUGGUAGCAAGGCCAUCUGUUGAAAGUGACAAACAGCGCUCCUUGUUUGGGAAUAAGCGCAUCCGCUCUGUACUAGUUGAUGUUGACUUUGCAGGUGCUAUUCUCUCUCUUCAAAGCAGACAUACAAAUGACCAACAGACCCUGUUGACCGCAUCGCUGACUGGGAGUCGUUUAUCCGAAGCGAAAUACGGUCAAUACGUUCACGGUGAUGCGGCGACCACUGCUACCCUUAGAGCUCCCGGGGUGGCGUUGAAAGUCCAGUUUGAGGACAAUGGCGUAGAUGCGUCGGCGUUGAAUGCGGAGUUGAAGAUCGACGCAUCGUCCAACGUCUUGUACCCGACCCUUGUCCCAUUGAUCAAACAGAUGACGUCCACUAUCAAAGAGGUUAUGGAAGGCAAGGACAAGCUGAGAAAGCCAUCAACUGCUGCCAUGUUGCAACCACAAAAGUUGAUGCCGGACACGUCGUUUGACACCAAAGAUCCGGCCUCAAUCUUCGGGCGGUGCAAGGUCAACGUCGGUGUUUUAAUUCGGAAACAAGAGUUCAGCUUGAGCUGCCAGCCUAUCGCGAGGGUGGCGGCUACAGCGGGGUUUGAUAAUGUCUACAUAACGAUCAACACAGUCCAGUCCCAUGAACAAGGCAGGUUUCUGGCAGUUUUGAUUGCUUUCAACUCUCUGCAGGCAUCAGUGAAGCACGUAUAUUCAAAUGAGUCUACUGCAAGCUUCGAUGUGAAGUCUAUCGUCGUGUCUCUGAUGAACAGCAAGCACCUGAGCAGCUCGAAUGGCAUUUCUGCUGUGCUACGAAUUAGCCCGAUGCAGAUGAUGCUUAAUGCAAAGCAGGUGCAAGACCUUUUGCUUUUCCAGGAAAUCUGGGUCCCUUCAACCGAGGACAGCGAUGCUGGCCCGGCCUUCCAACCGCAAUCGACAGAGCCUCAAGCUUACAUUGUCCAGCGGUACCAACAAGUAGCCGCGGCGCCAGCAUUUCCUUGGAACAGCGCGGUGGCAAUCGAAAAGUUGGAGAUUCAGCUUGAUCUGGGCUCCUCGCUGGGGAAGGCACAGCUGGCUGUCAACGAUCUGUGGGUAUCUUCGAAGAAGAACUCCGAUCGGGAACAAACGCUUUCCAUUGGCUUCAAAUCUACGGUGAUCGAAAGUAAAGGCAGAAUGAGUGGCUUGGUCGAACUCGAGGCAUUGAAGAUCAGUACCUCGAUCCAGUGGCCAGACAACACGCCUGAUGUCCAUUCCGUGCCGCUUAUCCAAGCCUCUAUCGCGUUUCAGGAGCUACAGGCCAAGGUCUCUUUCGAAUGGCAGCCUUUCCUGGUUGCCAACAUUUCCAAAUUCGACUUCUUGAUGUAUAACGUUCGAGGUACCAAUGGCGUUCCCAAAGAACGGCUCUUCAGCAUCCUGGAAGGGGAUAAAGUUCAGGUCUUCUGUACCAGUUUGACUGCAUCGCAAUGUUUGGCUUUGAUUCAAGCCUGGCAGCGACUGGCCCAAGACAAACAGACAGCGUACGAGGCGUCUUUGCGAGAAGUUGAGCGGUAUUUGCGCAGGAGGACAUCGGUGUUCACUGAGAAAAUGGAGCUUCAAGCCAAAGAGCUGGCCAAGAAGGCGGAGGACAUUAAAUCCGAGAAGGCGCCAAUAUCCUUGCACACCGGGGUCGUUGUCAGCAUCAACAUGGUCAAUCUUGGGGUCUUCCCCAGUUCCUUCUUUGAUAACCAGAUCUUCAAACUGGAAGCGCAUGAUGCGCAGGCACGGUUCAACGUAUCCCCCGAGGACGGCAAAAUACACAGUGCGCUGGGCCUCACUCUGGGACAGUUACGUGUCGCGUUGUCGGGAAUCAGCCGACCCUCGUCUGCGGACAUUGAGGAACUCCUGGUCAGCGAGAUCGCCAAUCGUGCCAUUGGGUCGCGCGGGGGCACGAUCCUCAAGGUGCCCCGGUUAGUGGCCAGUAUGGAAACCUGGCAGACCCCGGGUAUCCCACGGAUCGAGUACGUCUUCCGCAGCACGUUCGAGGGGAAAGUGGAUGUAGGCUGGAACUACUCGCGCAUUAGUUUCAUCCGGGACAUGUGGGAGCGGCAUUCCAAUGCAUUGACGUCUCGACUCGGCAAACCACUGCAGCCCUCGGCGGUUCGUAUUACUCGAGCGCCGGGCACAGAAGGGGAUGGUGACAAACACGACGAGAAGAUCACGGCAGUGGUCAAUGUGCCCCAAUCCAAGUACACCUAUACGGCACUGGAACCACCGGUGAUCGAAACGCCGCAGCUACGGGACAUGGGUGAGGCCACUCCACCACUAGAAUGGAUCGGACUUCAGCGGGAUAAGCUGCCCAACAUCACACACCAGAUCAUUAUUGUGACAUUGCUGGAGAUUGCCAAGGAGGUCGAGGAUGCAUAUGGCAAGAUCUUGGGAUCAUCAUGA